AUGCUCAAGUCAGUUUCGCCUCAGUGGCUCACCGCGAAGCCCGCGGACUCGCGUAGUCAUGACCUGUCGGAUCCUUCCAAGCCGAUGGGAUAUGGCCGAGGUGUCGAGGCUCCCGGCGGAAAGUGGAAGGCAGGCCGGGGAGCCGGCGCAGGCGCAGGCGUAGGCGGAGGCAUAGGCGGAGGCGUUAUCUCCGCGGGAGGAGUAGCGGGCGCGCCGCCGGACGAGGCGAAGCGGGAGCGAGACUGGUGGCGCAGCGCGGGCAUGGAGCGCGACAGGGCGAGCGACCGCUGGGGGGAGGACGAGCGCGAGCGCGAGAGCGUGGCGGGGAAGCCGCGCAACGAUCCCCGCUGGGGGUCCAUACACGCCCCGCCUCUAGGGGGGGAGAGCGGAAAGGAACCGGGGGAGGGGGGCGGAUACGUUAAGAAGGAGCGCUGGGUGGAUCCGCCGGGGAUGGGCGGUCCCCGCCCGGGUCUUGGCGCGGGGGGGGAGGGGAGUGUAGAUUACCGCAAGGAGCGGUGGGCGGAUAGCGGUACGCGUAGUUUCGACCAGCGCCGCGAGACCAAGUGGGGCUCGCGAUGGGGCAGCGCGGAGGAGAAGGACAAAGAGAAGGACAAAAGCGUCGUUCACAGCGAGAGUUGGGGGGAGAAAAGCGCGCAUGGCGGAGGCGGGGUGCGCGAGCGCGGAACGCCGGAGUCCGCGCAGGGCGGGGGAAGUGCGCGCUGGACACUGCCGGGGGAGAAGGAAUCGGACAAACCUAGGGAAUACGAGAGAAGCCGCCCCGCUAUCGGCGCUCGAGACAGCGAAAAGGGGAAAGAGGCUGACAAAGACAUAGGCGGCGGAGGGGCCGUUGGGGCUGGGGCGGGAGGGGCGGGGGGACCGGGGGGCGGUAGUUCCGGCGGAGCCGGGGGCGGAAGCUGGACUAGAGACACCACCGCGGGGAGGUCAGAGACGGGGGGAAAGUGGCGCCCGCAGUCGAUCGCGGGACGGGGCCGCGGAGAGGCUCCGCCAACGGGCACUGCUACAUCCUCCGCCGCCCCCUUUUCCAAGUUUCAGCCAGGGUUUGGGUUCGCGGGUCGAGGGCGCGGAGCCCCCGACGGCGCAGGGGCAGGCGCAGGCUCUUCCGCGCUGGUCGCUGGCGCAGGCGGCGGAGGUUUUGCGCGGGGGCGCGGAUUCGGCGGGGGAGCAGGGGGAAGCUGGGAUGUUCCGGGGCAGGGCUCCAGGGCGCAGCAUAUAGGCGCGCCUCCGCCGGAGUCUGGCGGAGCGGGCGCUGCGCCAUCCGCGGAGACGUUCAGGUACCCGCGCGCGCGGCUGCUGGAGAUCUACCACGCGCACAAGCGCGCGCCCGAGUUCAGCGCAGCAAUCCCGGGGGAGUGGUCUGAGGCGCCCGCGCUCCUGGGGUCGGAGCCGCUGGUGCCCAUGGCGCUGGUGGAGGCGAGCGCGGAAGAAGAGGUGAGCGGGGGCCGCAGGCUGGUAUUGGAGGUUACGCGUGCAGGUAAAUGCCGUUUGGGUGAGGCGCCUGCGCUUUUAGGGUUGGUUCCGCUGGUGCCCAUGGCGCUGGUGGAAGCGAGCGCGGAAGAAGAGGUGAGCGGACGCCGUAAGCUGGCGGUGAUGGCGGCGAUUGAGAGCGGGGAGAUUGUGGGCAGUGGCGUGGUGCAUGCAUCCAGGGACAAGGACGCGCCGUCGCGAGAUAAACCUGCAGCACAAGAAGGCGACAAACGCCCUCCCACGCAUGCACCUGGCACAGCAGCAGCCACCCACCCAACCGACCACCCCGUCCAACCUUCCCCAGCUUCACCUCCCCCAGGCUCCACCUCCCUCUCUCCCUCAGCCAAACCCACCACCACCACUCCGUCCGUCCCACCUGAAAAGCUCCUGCUACAGUACCGCGACCCUCAGGGGGAAGUUCAGGGGCCGUUUCCAGGAGAGGACAUCAUGGGGUGGUACGAGGCGGGGUUUUUUGGACUGGAGCUGCCGGUUCCGCCUGGCUUUGCCGCUGCUGCUGCUGCUGGUGGCACUGCCGGUGCUGCUGGUGCUGGUUCUGCUAUUGGUGGCACUGGGGGUGGUGGUGGUGGUGCUGCUGCUGCUCCUGGUGCUGCUGCUGCUCCUGGUGCAGCUGCUGCAGGGGCUGCAGCAGCAGCUGACGCCACGCGCGCUGCUGCCGCCGCUCCUACUGAGCCUGGCGCUGCUGCGGCUGGUACUGCUACAGGUGCUGCUGCUGCUGGUGCUGCUGCCGGUGGCGUGGACGAGCCAGGCGCCCUUUACCAAGCCUCCUGGCCAGCUCCGGGCUCGGAGGAGCUUCGGGCCGAGCCGGGGGUGCAUGGGGCGGGAGCAGCGCACCUCCACCACCCCUUGCACCCGCUUCUGCACCCUGCCGCGGCCGCUACCGGGCUAGGCCCAGCCACGCUUUACCCAGGAGCUGGGGGGCCGAUUAUAGGGCAGGAUGAGUUGAGUCUGCGAAUGGUAGAAGCGCUGGUGCAUGCAGGUAUCCCCAAGGAUGCUCCGUUAGAGCAGCUGCUGCAGCACCCGCCUAUAACGGAUCUGCUUAUGCGCGUACAGCAGGAGGUGGUGCAGCAGAGGGAGCAGCGGGAGGCGCAGCUGAGGGAGGUGCAACUGAGGGAGGCGCAGAUGCGAGAGGCGCAGUUGAGGGAGGUACAACUGAGGGAGGUUCAGAUGCGGCUGCAGCAGUCGCUGGCUCUGGAUACAGGUGCUUCUGGGGGAGGGUUACCCGGGGGAGGGUUGCCUGGGGGAGUGGGAGUGGCAGGCGCGGCUGGCUUGCCACACGUGUUGGCGAAAGAGGGCGGGUUACCAGAGGUUGUAACGGAGGAGAUGGCGUUACAGAUGCACCUGUCGUCGCUGCUUAUGUCAGGAAGGCCAGUUGACGCGCAGGGAACGCAGCAGAUACAGCAGCAGUUGCAGCAGGCGCGGUUCUUGCAGGGGCCAAUUCCUGGGUCGGUCCCGCCCCCGUGGUUGCAGCAGCACCCCUCGCUGCAGCCUCCUCCCUUUGGCCAGCCCCUCUUGCCACCGUUCCCAGGGGCCCCGAUCCCUCCCCAGCAGCAGCAGGGGCAGCAGCAGGAGCAGCAGCAGCAGCAGCAGGGGCAGCAGGGGCAGGGACAGCAGCAGCCUUUGCAGCAGCAGGUGCCACAAAUUCCCCUUGGUAUGCUACCCGGUCACUAUCCCCACCCUCUUCCGCUGCUCGCUCAGGAGCAGCUUCAGCAGCAGCUGAUGCAGCAGCAGCUGUUGCAGUUGCAGGGAGGGCAGACGCAGGGGGAUGGUCAGGCUUCGGCACGAGCUGACGUGUUGCAGAUGCAGCAGCAGCUGCUGCUACAGCAGCAACAGCAACAGGGGAUGGGACAGCAGCAACAGGGGAUGGGGCAGCAGCAACAGGGGAUGGGGCAACAGCAACCCCAGCAAGAGCAGCAGCAGGGGCAGCAGGCAGCAGCGCCACAGCGGCUGUCGUACUCCCAGCUGCUGCGGCAGGACAAUCAGGCAGAUGGCGGUGCCUAUGCUGCCGCUCAGACCAACCAGGCUGUAGCUCAGACUACUCAGGCUGUAGCUCAGGUAGGGGAAGGGUCCGUAGGGGCAGAGCAACAGGGUAAGGCGGAGGGGAUGAUUGGACAGCAGCAGCAGCAGGAGCAGAAAGAGGGAGGGGAAGGGGAGGUUCAGGCGUUGAAGGGCUUGGUGGAUCAGGGCGGUGGGGCAGGGAAGGGAGAUGAGGUGUCAGUUGCUGCGGAUGCUGAUACAGACGAAGGCCAAGGUGCUAAAGGUAAGAAGGAGGAGGCUGUUAACGAGGAUAAGGCAGGUGCGGAUGAUACGGAUGAGGGCUCUCAAACGCUUUCAAAGAAGGAGCUUAAGAAGUUGAAGAAGAAGAAGCAGAAGGAGGAGCAGAUGCAGCUGCUGCAGGAACGGAAGGAGAAGGAGAAGGAAAAGGAGAGGGAGAAGGAGAAGGAGAAGGAGAGGGAGAAGGAGAGGGAGAAGGAGAAGAAGGAGAAGGAGAAAGAGAAGCAGAAACAGCAGCAGAAACAGAAGCAGCAGCAGCAGCAGGUUUCCAACACAGAGCCAAGCACUAAGCCCCUCUCUUACAGCGAAAAGGCAGCAGCAUCAGCGGCAGGAGAAGGAGCAUCACCAGCUGCCUCCACCGAUGCCUUUCCCAAGCCACCCACCCCACCCCUCCCGGCCUGGAAAGCCCCUACUGUCCCCGCAAAGUCCCUCGCUCAGAUCCUAGAGGAAGAAGCAGCAGAAGCAGAGAGGCAGAGGGAGGAGCAGGAGCGGCGAAUCCAGGCAGCGAUCGCAGCAGGCGAGGUGAUCGGCGGGUCUGGUGCCUAUGGUUCUGGUGGGUACGGCAGCGGCAGUGGAAUGGGAGGGGGAGGAGGUGCCACUGUCUGGGGCAACGCUGGGUCUGCUUCUGCUUCUAUGUCUCGGAAAAAAUCCCUUAAGGAGAUUUUGGAAGAGGAAUCUGCUGCGGCUGCGGCAGCGGCAGCGGCGGCUGCAGAGAGUGCGACGGGUAGAAGCGCGGUUACCGCUAGUGCGGUGCUUUUCCCCCAGCCGCCUUCUCUGGAGCCCAGAACUGGGGCUAGUUUGUUUGAUCCCCUUGGCGGUAGAGGGUAUUCUAGUCCGGCUGGAGCAGGGGUGGGUGCUGGCGGGGUUGGGAGCGGUUCAGGGCGGUUGGCCGGAGGAGGAGCAGGAGCAGGCUCAGGUGUUUCAGGUGUUUUGUCAGGUGGUUUUCGGGACCCUUUGGCAGAGGAGAUCCUGGGAUCUGCAUCCUCAAUGCUGGAUGAUGCAAGGGUAGAGCUGACAAAGAGCGAGUCCGGCUCGUCUGCUGCUGCUGCUGCGGCGGCGGCGGCGGCGGCUGCUGCUGAAGUGGAUGAUUCUGAGUUUGUGGAGCCGAAGGAAUCGAGGAAGAACAAGAAGAAGGGCGCCAAGGGCAAGGGUGGGUCUGCUUCGGGCAAAUCGCCUCCCUCUUCCUCAUCCGUCGCCUCUGCUGCUGCCAGUGAAGCAGCUGCAGCUGCUGCUGCUGCCCUCCCUGCUGCGUCUCUCCCUGUUGCCACCACCAGGUCUGCUUCUGGUGGUGCCUUGGCUUCCCUUACCGCAGCAGCGGCGGCAGCUGCGGCGAAAGCAGCAGAUGAGAUCCCUGCUCCCCCUGCCCCUUCCUUGGCUGAUUUCCUUAUGGUUCCGGGGCUGAUUCCUGGAGUUAGCCCGUCUGCUGCCCCCGCUCCUGCCCCCGCCCCAGCCUGGUCGACUGGCUCGGCGGGACGUUCGGCAGCAGCGGCAGGAGGGUCGGGAGGAGGGAGAGGGGGCAGGGGGGCAGUGCUUUCUCUGGCAGAGAUUCAAGCUGCAGAGGAGAGGGCCAAGGCGGAAGAGAGGCAGAGGCAGGAGGAGAGGGCGCAGGAGGAGGAGCGGGUGAGGCAGGCACAGAUUAGGGUUUUGCAGGAGCGAGUGGGGCCUGCUGCGUCUGCUGCCGUGCCGUCUGCUGCAGCUGCGGCUGUUGGGAUGGGGGGAGUGGGCGGUGGAGCAGGAGGGGUGGGAGGGAAGGUGAAGGGAGGUGCGGUGGGGAGUGGGAGUGGGAAGGGAGGGGGGAAGAGGCAGCAGGAGAGGAAGGAGGCGCCGGUUGUGGUGGAGGAGGAGGAGGAUAUGUUUUGGGACUACUCGUACCAGUCUAACACCAGUAAGGACGUACCAGCAGCAUCACCAGCAGCUGUGGAGACCAAGUCCAAGGGGUCCAAGAAGAAGGGUGCCAAGUCAACCCAGUCAGCAGCAGCAGCAGCGUCGGCUCAAGUGCCGCCAGCAGAGCUCCGGGCAGCUCAGGAAUUUCGGCAGUGGUGCGAGGCCAACAUCCUCAAGCUCACGAGCAGCUCUGACCUCACACAGAUUGACUUCUGCAUGUCGCUCCCCAAGGCAGCGGACGACCAGGUGCGCCAGUACCUCUUCCAGUACCUCGCCUCUCAAUCCCCCUUGUUGCUCCCUUUCCACCCCCCCCCCCCCGCCCCCUGCUCUCCCUCCCCCACAGACCUCACACUCAUAGACUUCUGCAUGUCGCUCCCCAAGGCAGCGGACGACCAGGUGCGGCAAUACCUCUUCCACAGUACCUCGGCUCCCAGUCCCACCUUCUGCUCCCUGUCCGCCCCCCUGCUGCCCCCACCCCUCACAGACCUCACACUGAUAGACUUCUGCAUGUCUCUACCCAAGGCAGCGGACGACCAGGUGCGGCAGUACCUCUUCCAGUACCUCGGCGCUGCUCCCCCCGCCUCCGCCUUCACCUCCUCCUUCCUCUCGCGCCGAUCCGCGCUCUCACCUGCUGCUGUGCGCGUCGCGUUCCCUGUGAGCGAGGCGGUUAUUCAAGAUGACUCGGCUCUGCUCGGUGGUAGCGGUGGUGGCAGUGCUGGUGGUGCUGGUGGUGGUUCUGCUGGUGCUGCUGGUGCCCGUGGCGGGGCUGGUGGUGGUAAUGGUGGGAAAAAGGGUGUGGCAGGGCCAGGCUCGGCGUCCUCGCGUGCUGCUCCCGGUGCUGCGGGUUCGGCUCGGGAGGAGGCUCGGAAGGUGACUGCGAGUGGGUCUGGGUCUGGGAAGGCUGGGAGUGGUGGGGGUAGUGGUGCUGGCGGUGGUGUUGGUGGUGCUGGUGGUGCUGGUGGUGCUGCGUCUGGUGGUGGUGAGGGAGGGGGGGAGGGGGUGGGGGGGAAGAAGAAGGGGAAGAAGGGAAAGAAGGUGGUGGAUCCAUCGCUGCUUGGGUUCAGUGUUACCAGUAACCGCAUCCUCAUGGGUGAGAUUCAGCAUGUGGAGGACUAG